GAGACAGAGAGAGAGAGAGAGAGAGAGAGAGAGAGAGAGAGAGAGAGAGAGAGAGAGAGAGAGACAGAGAGAGAGAGAGAGAGAGAGAGAGAGAGAGAGAGACAGAGAGAGACAGAGAGAGAGAGACAGAGAGAGAGAGAGAGAGAGAGAGAGAGAGAGAGAGAGAGAGAGACAGAGAGAGAGAGAGAGAGACACAGAGAGAGAGAGAGAGAGACAGAGAGAGAGAGAGAGAGAGACAGAGAGAGAGAGAGAGAGAGAGAGAGAGAGAGAUGACCUCCUCUUCCUCCCCGUCGAUCCGGUGCAGGUGUCUCGCGACCACCGGAACCACCGUCACGUUCUAAACCUCACGCGUAAAGAAACACACACGCGAGCAGCAGCAGCCGCCGCCGCGAGCAAACCACGUGAUCGAACGCGGAAAUUGUCCGUUGGAGAAAGUGCAGUCUGUCUGUCGGUCGGUCGGUCUGUCUGUCGGUCUGUCGGUCUGUCUGUCUGUCGGUCGGCGGGGAGCUGCUGCUGGUGUUAGUGGUGGUGGUACACAGAGGUAACGACGACGGUGUCCGAGUUUCACCCGUCGAGGACAAAGUAAGGGUUGAUCUGAGGUCACGCUGCUGAGAUGACUAGGCUGUGAUAGUGUUUGUCGAAGUGUGUCUGUACCGGACUAAUUCCUGUGACAUGGCUGCUGCUAAGAAGAGUUGUGCGAAGGGAGGAGGCGUGCGCUUCUCAGAGGAACCCCCCGCUGCCGGAGCCCCAUCACAUGUUCACUUCGACGAAAAGCUGCAUGACUCCGUCGUCAUGGUGACUCCGGAGGAUGACGGCAACUUCAUGGUCAAGGUUGGCUUCCUAAAGACGCAGCACCGGUAUGAAAUAGUGUUCACCUUGCCUGAGGUCCCAGCUCUGGGGAAGGAUGUGUGUCCAGCACCAGUACCCAGUCCACACCUCCGGAUCACUGAUAUCACACCGGCACCAGAGGGAGGUCUGAAGGUGACGUGCGAGUACAUGGCGCAGCAGGAGGGAGUUCUGUGUGAGGAGGUGCUGCUGCUGAGCGAGACCAACGAGGACGUCUGUGUUAAAGUCAAAGUUCACGCUCGAGUCAUGGAUCGUCACCACGGCACACCCAUGCUGCUGGAGGGAGUCCGCUGCAUCGGGGUGGAGUUGGAGUACGACUCCGAACAGAGCGACUGGCAAGGAUUUGAUUAAAGAUGAAGCUCCUGUACACACACUCAUAUAAACACACUCACACACAUAGCGGCCAUCAUAGAACCGUACACCUACUAAAUUAAACACAACACACACCUGUAAUUUUCCCACAUAGUGACAGCGUACACACACAGAUGAUAUUUUUAGUGCCACGUUAUGUUUCAAGCCUCGGGUUUUGAUUCAGUGUUCAGUUUUGGAUUCAGAGGAAGUUGAAUUGUUUUGCCUGCUGAAAAUAAUUUAAAUAAAAAAAAAAAAACAUUCCUCUGCUGUGACCUUCACACCAUCGACAGCAUCUGAACGGACGGUUUGUCUAUUUGCCACGUCUUGUCUUUCCUCUCUCUCUCUUUCUCUCACCGUGAUGUUGUUAAUCUGUACUCUCCUCACUGAACCUCUAGAGGGCGGCAGCGCUCCUUGAAUAUCAGUGCAGCUCCUUUUCACUGCCUCUUGUGCUCCGGUUCACUCUUUUCCAAACUGUACCCCAACGUGGAUUUAACAGGUGAGGGAGUAAACAAGGGCUUUUUUUUAUUAUUAAUUAAGUAGCUUGGAAUUUAACUUUAGGUAAGCAAAAAUAAAUAAAUAAAUCUGCACAAUUCAGGGAGGAAGAGAGGAACUGAUUAACAGCAUGUAAUGUCUCUGUUUAACCUGAAGGGGGGGACUGCAGACCACUGUGUGUAACACUCCUCCUAUCUGAAGGCUGUUUCAUGGAGUGUGGUCUACUUCUCCAUUUAAAGGAAAAAUCCAACAAUUUCAUGAAUUGUGUCGCCCCUAGUUACCCCUCAACCUGCCCUGACUACUACUGAAUUUGCUCUAUUCUGCAUUUCCCAGGAAAUCCCAAAGAACAUGUGUGAACUUAUUUCAAUAGGAGUAUGUGUGGGGGGAAAAAAACAGAGAAUAAUGCCUCUAAACAUUUCUUUUCUUUUUCUUUUUCUGUGGUGGAUUUCUCCGGUAUGAUUAUUAAACAUUUGUGUCAAGUAGUGCAUCUAGAAAGAAGCGCUUUGUCUUUAAUUGUCAGGAACUGAUACCAAAAUCUGAGGUUUAGCGUCCAUGUUUUAGGUCUAGCAAACAUUUCUCUGCACCGUAAAGCUGCAAAUGUUUCAUUCAUGUUGUUUUGUUUCGCCACUUUCCAGUAAAAUAAUUUAAAAAAAGAAGAUUUAAACACAGAUAUUACGCACUGUGCAUAGCCGAAAGCUGUUUUAAAGGUGAAAAAUCAAACUGAAACAAGUAGUCGAUUAAUUAGUUAGACAGUCAACAAAAAAUAAUCGAUUAAUGAUGCGUUUCUCUGUUUAAUAUUUUUGUAAAUUUAAUGUUUUUUGGCUUUUGGACUGAUUCUUUUCACUAUAGAUCCACUAAUCAAGGAUCAUUAGAUUAAUCAACAAUGAGAAUAUUCUUGCAUUAAAGUGUUUUGAGUGGAUUUUUCCUUUAAGAAAACCAGUCCUGCAGAGUUCGGGAAGGAUUUUGUUUCUCUUUGUUGGGAUUUCAUGAAGCCUUCAGAACACACACAUUCGACACAAGUGCCUUUCGUUGUACCGUCCCAGUUCUCAUUUAGCCUGAUGUAGUUUCACCAUCCCGUCACAUACUGUACCCACCACACACACACACACACACACACACACAACACACAGACCAGUGUGGAGCGUCCAUAAACAUCCAGUGUAACGUUGUUUCCAGUGUUAAAUCCCACUUCUUCCAUGGCUUGCUUCAAACAGGUGUUAUCACAGUAGGAGUGCAGAUCAGAGAGAGUUGACAGACGCUCUUCUUCAUUUACAUUUGUACUUAAAGAGAAAGUGCCAUGAUCUCGUUGCACUGUCGUCUCCCUCUUUCUUUCUUUCUUUUUUUUUACAAAAUCAUGACAUUUUCUCUGUGUGAAUCAACAUUUUAUUGUUUUUGUUACACCCGAUUGAAUACAUCAGCCUUAAAGGAAACGAUUCUGUGUGUAAUUUCUCUACUACGAGCUGUUGGUGUAGUGCAGAUUAAAUAGAUUUAUUUGAUGUUUGCUUGUGUGUAAUACAGGUCAAAGUCCGGUUUGUUUCUUCUUAGUGUAAAAAAUGAAGUGCUCAAUAGGUUACUGUUUCAAGAAUGUAGCAGUUUAUUUGUUGAUAUCUGCUCCCUGUGUGUGUGAUUUAUAUUUUUAAUGUCAAAAACUGAAUAAAAAAUGUCUGUAUGUUUGA